GAAGGAGCAGCAAUGCCUGGGGAAGGCCUUGCUGCCCCUGGUAGGCGUGAGGGGGUGUAGUUAGGUCAAAGGCGUCUGGCCCGACAUCGACAUCCUGCCCCUGGCAGUGGCUCCUGACAGAGGCCCGGGGAAACGUGGGCAGAUGGUGAGCGUGGAGUGAUGCUGCCUCGAGGGCUUCUUUUCUGAGAUCAGUCAAGCCCAGAGCUCCCUUUCUAAAACCUGCCCUGUCCACAGAGUCCUGUGGCGUGGUGUAUGGCACAGCUGGUCUGAAAAAAAUACCUGUGGGCUUUCAACCUGCCACCUGUUAGGUCUGUUUGAAGUCUAACUCUUGUACUGGAAGAGAGACUAUACCAGUCUCCCUUGUCAGUCUUCCUCACUACCACUUGUGAAUUUAAAAGCUUUUAUCAUAUCUCCUCUCAGCUGUUUAGCCUUUCCUAAUUUGGAAGCCAUUCCCCAUCUUUAUGUCAUCACCGUUCUCCAAACCUUUCUAAGCUAUAUUAUAGAUUCUUUGAGAUACAGGAGCGUACCUAUAGUGCUCAGGUUGCAGGUUGUGUGGAUAUUCUUUAAACCUCCAGUUAUGUAUUUUUAAUUUAGUUUCCAAACUGCUUACAAUGAUUUUAUCCUUUUGACUGCUCUUUUUAACAGAGGAACUAUUUUUUAUUUGUGUGUUGUUCCUUUUCCUGAACUAAGUGUAGUGAUACUAGAUUUCUUGCAUUCGCUACUUGAAUGCAUGUGUUGAAUCCACAUAUGUUGCACUUGCUGCAACAGAGCAGCUCUUCAGUGGCAACAUUUUGUACUAGUCAGACCCUAUGAACUAGUCAGGGUCAAAGACUCAACUUUUCCUGUUCUGUGUUCCUUGACUAAAUACUUCAUAAAGUGUUCAUUAGCAACGUUCAAAAAGCAUAUGGCAUCAUGCUUGUGCGUGACAUCUACCAAGACUACCCUGGGAUUGCUGAAGUCCCCUAUUAGUAUUGCAUUCCUGGUUUCUCUCUGGGCCCUUGUUUUACUGCAGACAUUGUAAUAUACUUGACAUCCUGUUCAGAAGGAUGGUAGUUUCUAACAUAUUGUACCUUUCCUAUUAAGGCAUAACAUUUCAAACCACAGAGAGUCUGCAUUACUUGUUGAUACAGCUAUGUUGUUAAUUUGUACUAUGGGACUAACACUUCCCUUUUAUAGCAUGUUCAUGCUUUUUCUUUGCAGUUCAUGCAGUCUGUCCAGUUUGCAGUCAUUUAUGACAAAGAAUUUUUCUUUUUGACCCCUUAUGAGCACACAUUACCUGGUAUUACUCAGUCACAUUUUAAAAUUGAGAUAAAAACUGUCAUGCUGUCAGAUCAGUUGUUGGGCUUCCAUGAAGAAAUAGCUGCGAGAUCACCGUUAUCAUAAAAUACCUAUUUCAUAUCUUUAAAAAAUACCUUCAUAAUCUUAAUACCAGAGCAAUUCUAGGGCUAAAUAAUAUAUAUUUCUAUAAGUUUUCAAAGUCUGCUUAAUUGCAUUCAGGAUUCCAAGUAUGUUAAAAAUUCACGAGUGUGUUUUUUUAGUGCUAGUUUAUACUUAUGAAGAAAAUACUUUCUGAAUGUGAACCAUAUGUUCUUUCUUUGCCUGUAAUAUAGGCAUCCUAGAACAAGAGCUCAGAGGCAUGAUAUGUCACAUUGUCUGAAAAUGUUAAAACCAAGCUUUAGUCAUUUUGGUUGUAAUAUAAACUAUUUUAGUACUAUUAGGUUUAGUAGAAAUACCAAAGUAAAUUCUUCUCAGGCAUUUUGCUAUACGCUAAAAAUAAGUUCAUUGAUUCCAUUACAGCUUAUUUCUUUCAAAGGCUGCGAAAGUUUUGAGUAAGGUGCUCAACCUCCCACCCAUGAAACUGAAAAUUGCCUUUGUCUGAGCUUGAAAAUUAAGUCUAAAAAAGAUAACAGUCUUCUAGCAUGAAACUUCAACUGAAUCUGGAAUAUCAAAAAAGAUAUUCUUGAGAUCUUUUGUGUGAUAGAAGUCACAAGCAGCCUCUCAUUCAAACAGAAUGUUUACUCAACAUUCUGGUGCAUGUUCUUUAAGUAUAUCUAAUAAAAUGAAAACUUAGCGUUCAAAUUUCCUUAUUAUGGGUGGAGUAAACCUCACUGACAGUGCAGACUUCUCACUUUCCUUCCAUUCAAGUUAGUUUAAAUAAGCUAUUAAAUUCUUAGGAAUUCUCACUUCAGACUGAAGUGUGUAUGUUUCAGGAGGUGUAUAUAAUCUUCCAAAAUACAGGCUAUAUGGAGGUGGGCAGAUACAGUUUUGGGAAGAUAGCUGCAUCAAGCAAAGGGAAAUAAAAAUUGUAUCAGGACUGAGCUACAGUAGGAACUUUGUAGCUGUUAAAGCAACUUCUGGAAACUUCCUCUGCCUUUUAACCAUGUAAUCUUUCAUGAAAGAGCUUGAAGCUUUCGCAGUAAGGAUCAGUAGAGCUUCUUUUGCAUUAAUUCUUCACUGGUUCUUCACUAUGAAACAGACUUAUGGAAAAACUUACACUGCUUCGUUAAUUUUUUAAGUCUGUGAGAAGAAUAACAUUCCAGCCCACGUGUCGACACUUAAAGAAUUUGGAUCCUAAAAAGUUCUUUACCAGCAGAUUUUAAACACUAAAGGAAGAUGGCUUUCUUCCCUAAAAUAUCCUUUCAACAUGAAGUUGAAGAACAUCUCAGCAAAGUAUUCAGAAAUAGUGAGCUUAUAACUGAUUUAGGUACACAGGAGGCAGAGAGCAGAUAUCAAUCUCUGUUACGUCAUCUGUCUCAUCCACCCGCUUUCACAACUGUUAGAGUUAAUACGCACUUGGCCUCAGUGAAACAUGUGAAAAAUUUACUAUUUGAAGAGAUCCAGAAGCAAUUUAAAGGACUGUGUAUUCCAGUUCUUGAGCACCCAGAAAUUCAGGACAUCUUAUUAAUUCCCGUCAUUGGACCCAGGCGAGAUAUAAAAAAACAUGCAUCUGAAGUCAUUGUUGGAGCCCACUGUGGUUAUGCAGUGCUUCGAGGAGCACAUGUAUAUGUCCCAGGAAUCUUAUCCACCUCAAGAUUAUUGAAAGCUGGAGAUUUGGUCUCAGUGUAUUCAGAUAUUGAAGGGAAGUGUAAAAGAGGAGCCAAAGUAUUUGAAGGAAUCAAAGUUUUCAUUGGAAAUGGGAUUUCUGAACUGAGUCGCAAUGAAAUCUUCAGUUCAAAUGGCCCAUUGAAUGGGAUGGGCAUAAGAAUGACAGAGCCAGUCUACCUUAGUCCUUCGUUUGACAACGUGCUCCCUAGUCAUUUGUUUUUACAGAACUUGCCCUCUGUGGUUGUGAGCCACAUUUUAAACCCUCAGCCAGGAGAGAGAAUUUUGGACAUGUGUGCUGCACCUGGAGGAAAAACAACCCAUCUUGCAACGUUAAUGCAUGACCAGGGCGAAGUAAUAGCCAUGGACAAGAUAGCCAACAAGGUGAAAAAAAUUAAGCAGAAUGCUGAAUUGCUUCAGCUGAAUUGCAUUAAGGCCUUUUGUUAUGAUGGAACAAAAGCACUUUCAGUUGAGAAGCGAGAGGAUGAACAAGAAGGUCCUCCUUUUUUACCAGAAUCAUUUGAUCGAAUUCUUCUUGAUGCUCCAUGUAGUGGGAUGGGGCAGAGACCAAACAUGGCUUACUCCUGGACUCUAAAGGAAGUAACAUCUUAUCAGCCACUGCAACGCAAGCUUUUCACUGUGGCAGUGAAAUUGCUGAAGCCCGGAGGCGUUUUAGUAUAUAGUACAUGUACAAUCACACUUUCUGAAAAUGAGGAGCAAGUUGCUUGGGCCCUGGAAAACUUUCCAUGCCUCCAGCUUCAGCCACAGGAACCUCAUGUUGGAGGAGAAGGCAUGAGGGGAGCUGGGCUGUCGCUUGUUCAGUUGAAGCUGCUGCAGAGAUUUGAUCCAUCUGCUGUGACUUUGCAGGGAAUGGACAUUAAUUCUUUGCAAGAUUCCAGGGAAGAUAAUUUGAUUUCAUUGGCAAAUAAGGACUGUAUAGGAUUUUUUAUUGCAAAAUUUAUUAAAUUGAAUAGUAAAUAAGCAUUUAGCCAUACAACCUGAAAAAAUACCUUUGUGAGUCUAAGAACAGUUCAGACGUUAACUCUAUUUCUUACUGCUGCAAUGUUGCGUUGCCAAGCCAACAGACUGACGACACGGUUGCUAUGGUAGCAAUAAAAUCUGCCAGCUGUUCUGCUGGGAAAAAGCCACAGGUUGCAGAAAGAAAGUCAGGGCUGGGGGAGGGGGUAGUAUAAUUUUUAAGUCUCCACUUGCUUUUGUAUUUACAGCAGAUCAGUGCAGGAAAGACAAGUAUGUUCAAGCAGCCUGUUGUCUGUUGUAUCGUGUGAGUAGCUCAUCUAGCACUGCAAACAUAGGAAGAACAGGGUUUCGCAGCGGGUAGGGUGGGAGGUAAGCUACCUUAUGAAAUGCAGUCAUAAAUAAAAUACAC